UGGUGAUGGUUGCUAUCUUGUUACUCGAUAAUUUUUGAUUUGGUUAAAAAUCGUAAGUUAAAUUCCAGAAUAAGUGAUAAAAUUGCAAAACAAUGGAUGACGAUACAAGUUCAGACGUUCAGAAACAUUUGUCGCAGAACCAAAUGGAUACAGAUGAAGGUAUAUUGAUUAAUGAAAAUUCUAAUGGUCUGUCACAUCUAUUGACCGACGGCGAGUUAAAUAGCGUGGAUGCGGUGACCGUCGACGAGUCGUCUACAUCGAACCAAGCUUUCCUCAAUUCGGUUGACUUUUCAGCUGGAAGUGUCGGAGAUUACUUAGAAAGCAAUACCGAUGGGUUUAACACCGAUUCAUUUGAUGUAGGCGACAACGCUAUCAACUUCCCCAGCGAUUCCCUCAAUAAUGUGCUUUCGGACAGCGAUUCCCGUUUGAGCUCCCAGUUCAAAGGUAAUUCGGACACCGAGGUGGACAAUUUUGAAUCUGUGACCAAAGGAAAUGGAACAUAUGACUCAAAUAUAGAAGCCGAUAAAAUAGCCAUCGAAGAUAGUAGUGACAAAAUACAAAUGGAUGAAGAGAGUGCAGCUGCUAAUAAUCAAGAUGAAACAGUCGAAGAAGUUAAGUUCAUUGUAGAUAGUAGUGACAAAAUACAAAUGGAUGAAGAGAGUGAAGCUACUAAUAAUCAAGAUGAAACAGUUGAAGAAGUUACAGACGUAACAGCGAAAGAAAUAAAAGAUGAAAGCAUGGAAGCUGGUCAGCAGGAUCUUAGCAAUGCUAUUGAAAGUGAAAGUAAUUCUGAACCAAAACAAAAUAGCAUGGACACUGAGGAAAUAAAAGAAAAUGAAACAAAACAUAAUGAGGAACCAGAAAAAAAUAAUGAUGCAGAAGAAAAUAAUAUUGCAAAGGUGGGUGGAGCAGAGGAAACAGAAGUUGUUUCAGAGGAUGAAUUGCCGGCUGUACAGAAGCCAAGUGUUAAAGAUGCAGAGAAUGUAUCUGAUGAUGAGCUGCCAGGCCCUAAGCCUGCUGAACUUCCUGCAGACACAGAGGUGGUCUCAGAGGAUGAAUUGCCUUCAUCUAAAAAGGAUAUAAAAGAGUCUCGGAAGCGUAAAACUCAGGAGGAAGAUGGUUACGAUCCAGGCUCGCCAACAUCUGAGAGUGAAAGCUCAAAUAAAAAGGUUGCACUGUCAAAGAAUGGUGAAUGUAAACCUAUAUCAGCAGAAAAAAGAGCUUCCACUGAUGAAAAACCCAAGAAGAAAGUACUCCCAGAGCUGGAUAAAUAUUGGAAGGUUGUUAAUGAUGAUCCAACUGACUUCACGGGGUGGACAUACCUGCUGCAGUAUGUGGAUCAAGAGAGCGACGUGGAGGCGGCGCGCGAGGCGUACGACGCGUUCCUGUCGCACUACCCCUACUGCUACGGCUACUGGCGCAAGUACGCCGACUAUGAAAAAAGGAAAGGAAGUAAAAAGAAGUGCCUCGAGGUGUUGGAAAGAGGCCUAAAGUCUAUACCGCUAUCGGUAGACCUCUGGAUACACUAUCUCAAUCACAUAAAGGCCACCCGGACUGAAGACCACGCGUACAUCCGGUCGCAGUACGAGCGAGCCAUUGAGGCGUGCGGGCUCGAGUUUCGCUCGGACCGGCUGUGGGAGUCGUACAUCAAGUGGGAGGCGGAGAACGGAUCAGCCCUUAACGUCACCAACAUCUACGACCGCCUACUUGCCACGCCCACUCUGGGAUACGCCACGCACUUCGACAAUUUCCAAGAGCACGUGAUGUCGGAGCCGGUGGGCGGGGUUGUGUCGCGGGAUGAGCUUGUGGCGCUGCGGACGGAGGUGCGCGCCGCCGCCCCCGCCGCUCCCGCCCCGCCCCCCGCCGACCUGCCGCCGGGCGAGGACGAGCCAGCUGAUCAUAUCGCAUCUGAGGAGGAAGGAAACGCCAUCAAGGAGCGCAUCAUAGCAGCACGCAGGAAGGUUCACAAGGCAACUGGGGAAGAAGUUACUGCUCGCUGGAGUUUCGAGGAAGGGAUAAAACGGCCUUACUUCCACGUGAAACCGUUGGAGCGCUGUCAACUGAAGAACUGGAAGGCUUACCUGGAGUGGGAGAAGCAGCACGGCUCGUUGAAGCGGGCGCUGGUGCUACACGAGCGGUGCUUGAUCGCGUGUGCGUUGUACGAGGAGUUCUGGAUGCGGUUGAUAAAGUUCUUGGAGAAGAAGAGCGAGACGCACCCGGAGCUGAUAGCGGUGGAGCGCGAGGUGCUGGAGCGCGCCUGCACCAUCCACCACCUGGACAAGCCCGAGCUGCACCUGCACUGGGCUCACUUCGAGGAGGCGCACGGCCAGCCCGCCCGCGCCGCUGAGAUACUAGACCGCAUCGACAAGACCUCCUCCAGCGUGCAGGUGCAAUACAGACGUAUAAACUUGGAACGUCGCCGCGGCGACUACGACAAAUGUAUCCAGCUCUACGAAAAUUAUAUAAGUGCCGCUAAAAACAAAGCGAUCGCGUCCGCUUUAUCCAUCAAAUAUGCCCGAUUUUUGUUCCACGUUAAGAAAGAUUUGGCAGCUGCUAGAAAAGUACUCGACGACGCGGUGACCAAGGAUCCCUUGAACGAACGUCUGCAUUUACAGCGGCUCGAUAUAGCCUUACACACGCCGGGAACCGCUUACGAAGAAUUAGACGAAAUCCUGCUGAGCUACGAGAAGCAGGAGUGCGCGGAGGCGGAAAUCAGCGCGGCGAUGGCGCAGCGGCGGCGCGAGCUGGCCGAGGAGCUGGGCACCGCGCAGCAGGCCCGGGACGCGCAUGCGCACGCGCGCGCCGCACACAAGCACCUGCGCAAGCGCCAGGCUAAGGAAAAGCACGAAGCACCCCCACCAUGUUCGGCCGAGCCACCUAAAAAGAAGGAGCCGUGUGUGACGAACACGAGUGUGCCGGCGCCGAGCACCAACACCAGCACCAGCACGUACUACGGCGCGGGCAACACGCAGCCCGGCUACGACCAGUCGUACGCGCAGCCCUACCAGCCCCCGUGGGGCUACCAGCAGCCGCAGCCCUACCAGCACCACGGCCACCCCUGGGGCCCGCAGUACCCCAACUACUACUAGCGACGGACGGAAGCUCCCAACUAAGAGGGGCCAUCGACAAUCUGGACAUUUUUGAGGCGAUACACUACAUUUAGGCACCUGCACCGAUUUCUAAAUGUAGUCGCAGUGCAAAGAACUAAGUUUUUAUGUGUUGAUGUGUGUGCUCACAAAAUGGUUUGAGAGCUACAUAAGUUAAUAUAAGGAGGUCAAAUGUGAUGUCUGUAUAUGUUUUAACUUAAGUUUAUUUCGUGUAAUAAUUUGUAGUUGAACUUUAGCACUAAAUAACAAUGUUUUGACUACUUAGUUCUCAAUUAUAAUAAUUAUAAUGUAAUAUUAUAAAUCUGUGCUUCUUGUUUUUAAAUUAAGGGGAUUGCAUGCUAAUUAAUCUGGACUAUUUCGUAAUAAACACAACAACACGGUAUUUUGUUAUCAAGUAAAAGGUGCAGGUGUUAGUUUUUGACUUUAGAUAGAUAUAAGGCUGAUGCAGAGCACAUAACGCAAUAACUGUAGGUGUCUUCUAAUCUAUGCUUAAAAGUUUUAUCAGUUUAAUCUUAAUCACAAUUUGUCACCUACUCAAUGUGACCGGCUAAAAACGUUUUUUUAGCAACUAGCUAAAUACAUACAUAUAAGAUUUAUUUGCCUACACGAAUUUAUGUAAUAAAAUACAUAUUUAAAAACA